GCGAUGAGUACAUUGCGGGCCAGCCAGUACAACACGGUGUCCUCAGACAAAGAUGGCGAGCAAGGCAGCGUUUCAUCGGCUGCCAACGAGCAAGACAACGGCAAGAUUCAAACUCACCGCAAAUGUCGCAACCGUUUUGUAAAGAAGAACGGACAAUGUAACAUCUACUUCAGCAACAUGAGCGGCAAGUCCGAGAGGUACAUGGCCGACAUCUUCACCACCUGCGUGGAUACCCGCUGGAGGUACAUGCUCAUGAUCUUCUCCACUGCUUUCCUAAUUUCCUGGUUGACCUUUGGCUUGGCGUUCUGGGUCAUUGCCAUGAUGCACGGAGACCUGGACAAAUCAAGACGCGAUGAAAACUUCAAACCGUGCAUCAUGCAAGUUAAUGGCUUUGUGGCCGCCUUCCUGUUUUCCAUUGAGACACAGACGACCAUUGGCUAUGGCUUCCGCUGUGUCACCGAAGAAUGCCCAGCUGCCAUUUUCACGGUUGUCUUCCAAUCCAUUAUCGGAUGCAUCAUUGACUCUUUUAUGAUUGGCACCAUAAUGGCAAAGAUGGCACGGCCAAAGAAAAGGGCCCAAACACUUCUGUUCAGCCAUAAUGCUGUAAUAUCAAUAAGAGAUGGCAAAUUAUGUCUCAUGUGGCGUGUAGGUAACCUCAGAAAAAGUCAUAUUGUGGAAGCUCAUGUCAGGGCCCAGCUUAUUAAACCUCAUGUCACAACAGAAGGGGAAUACCUCCCUCUGGACCAGAAAGAUCUUAAUGUUGGUUAUGAUGUUGGAUUCGACCGCAUUUUUCUUGUGUCCCCUAUAAUUAUAGUCCAUGAGAUUGAUGAGGAGAGUCCUCUUUAUGGCAUAAGCAAGCAAGAUCUGGAGACUGAAGAUUUUGAGAUCGUGGUCAUUCUGGAAGGAAUGGUCGAAGCCACAGCAAUGACAACGCAAGCACGCAGCUCAUACUUGGCCAAUGAGAUCCUCUGGAGCCAUCGAUUUGAGCCUGUGCUCUUUGAGGAGAAGAAUCACUACAAGGUGGAUUAUUCACGGUUCCAUAAAACUUACGAAGUGCCCACGACACCGCGGUGCAGUGCCAAAGAUCUGGUGAACAACUCGUUUUCCGUGGUGCCAGUCAACAACUCCUUCUGUUACGAGAAUGAGCUGGCACUGUUGAGUCGGGAGGAGGAGGAGGAAGAGGCAAACCGGGUACUGGAAGUAGACAACCAAUUGGAAUUUGACCGGCUGCAAUCUACCAUCCCAUUGGACAGUCUCUCUUACCAAAGAGAAUCUGAAAUUUGA